AUGAGACAUUCCUAUUCUUCAAACUAUCUUACAUCUGGAGGCUAGAAUUCAAAUAAAAAAGUCUCUAUCAAUGUAAGAGACGUAGGAACCCCAGUGAAAGAGAAUAACUUCAAAUCAACCUAUUCCCAGGACUUUAAUAAUCCCAGUUCAAAACGGUAAGCAAGCACCUCCUAGACCCAAAGACAGAUGGUUUCAAUGAAAGCUAAACAAAAAUCAGUUCAAAGAUUCACAUCACCUCGUGAGACAGAUAUAUACAAUCAGAUUCUCAAUUCACCUUCUUAGAUUCCUCCAGCAAAGUUGAUUCAAUAGCGCAAAACUUAGCAUUAUUAUGAUCAGCAUAAGCACCAGCAGAAUAAAUUUCAAAGCAAUUACUAAGCAAAUAACAGAGUAACAACAAGCAGUGUAAUUUAAAACAGCGGCAACAAGCACUAAGAUCCUUAUGAUCUUAAAUAGUAUCAAACUUAAAUUAGCCCAGCGAAGAAAAGUUCAUUGAAGAAUGGAAAUGAUAGAUACGAGUAAGCGAGCAAAGUUAUAGAAAAAGCUGAUAAACAACACCAUUAGUCUGAUAUAGCUGUGCCUUACGAAACAGCCAAGAUAAGAAAUCAAAUGAUGAAUAGCUUAUCAAACUUCAACACAAAUAGUUAGUCAUUUACACAGCUGCAAGAUCAAAUCAACAACACUAGCUCGAAUAAAUAUCUGACGUAAUUCAGCAUAACUCAGACAAGUGAUGGUUAACCUCGCAAAGGCUAACACAGAAUUAUUGAUAGAUUUGUUAAAUAUCCCUAUCCAAACAAUAUCGGUACAAACUACCGCAAAGACUUCAAUAAGCAGAAUGGGGCUGAUAGCAAUGCAGUUAUGGAUAAAGAACAUAGAAAGCAAGCAUUUAAUCUUGAAAAAGAACAUAAAAUUAUUAAUCCACAUUAAAUGGACUUGAAAACAACUGCAAGAGUAGAUUUCUAGCCUUUUGCUGUGGUACCUUAAAAAAUAUCAGGAUAAAAAGGACCCUAGCAAAAUGUACCUUUCCUUGAAGGGUCUAUAUACAAGUCAUAGUAUUAAAAUUGGGGCAAGAGUGAAUAGUUGAUUGAGAAAACACCAUAAUACCCAGUUUAUCAACUUCCUUUUAAAGGAAAAUCACAAUAUUAGGAAAAAUUUACUCAGCAGUCUCAUAGAUAAAGAUCUGAUUCUGCAUAUGAUAGCAGUAGACCUGAAUCAGCUAACCCUCAGUUUAUGGCUAGAUCAUCAUCUCACUUGAAGUUAGGAGCAUUCUAGCCUUAAAAGUUUGACUUUGAGACUACCAAGUAAAAAGAUUAUCAGCCAUUUAAGAUAACUUAAAGGCCUUAAACAAGCAAACCUGAUGUAGAGCCAGUUAAAACUCAUGCAGAUCCAAAGCAUUUUGAAACUCUCAAUAAAAGGGAAUACAAAGCAUAUGAAAAUUAUAAGCCCCCUGAAGUUGACUACAUGCCUUACCCUUGA